AUGACUCUAUUAUUAUCUUUAUCUAAUCUAUUACUAUCACAAAUCAUAUCAGAUAUUAACAGUAAUGCAGAUAUAGUAUGUUUAUUGUUAACUUGUAAAAAGUUGUACAGUAAUAGUAGUAUUAGAAGAUCGAUUCAGUUUAAAGGUAUUGAAGCUAUAGAUGAAGACAAAGGAGUGAUAUCAAGAAAGUUUUUAACAACAGCUACUCGAUACAACCUCAACACAUUUAAAGAUAUAUUGGAGAAUAGUAUAUCUGAUCAUCAGGUGAUAAUACGCAAACAAAAUCAAUCAGAUUGGGGUUACCCAAAUUGGAUACAACAACGUAUCACUGCAACAGACAGAGUCUAUAAAAGUAGUAGUAGUUUUUCAACUGUAUUUGUUACAAAUUGUAAAGAAGUAUCAGUGAUAGAGUCACUUUACAACAUACCAUCAAUCAAGACACUAUUCAUUGAUAAUGAAUUAUUUACAGUAGAUCUUGGCUCUAUCGCACUCUUACCUAAUCUACAAAUACUAUCAGUUCGUGCAAACAAGUUUAAUAUUGGUAUUCACACAACACUCAAAUCUUUUACACUAACAGUCUAUACUGUCUAUACACUUGGUGACUUGGGAUUAGACAAAUUUGUAUCGUUGACAGAGCUGACACUCAAUAGCUUUGUCAAUGAGAUUGGACCAGGCCUAUUACCAACUACUCUGACAUCACUCACUAUUAAACCAAAGGAUAUUCCACCAAGAGAUACAUUCGUUUCAUUAAAGUCACUAUUGUACCUCAAUAUACGAAUAUUCAAGUACGCAAUAGACAAAGUGGUACAAGAACAACAAUUCAUCGAUCUAGAUGGUUUAUCCAAACUAGAGACACUAUCUUUUAUUGCAAUGGGUGAUAAAAAAAGAGAAAAGAAGGACUGUAUGUCGAUUAGUGUACCUCCUUCAAUCAAGACACUAACAGUUUGGUCAGACUCAGUACAAAUCCCAUCUGAUUGUCGAAUGCCACUAUUGGAGAAACUGUGUGUGCAACAAAGAGUAUUUAUUGAUGGAAAGAUUAGUCUGACAUCAUGCCAAUCUCUCAAGAAACUAGCUAUUUAUGCAUGUGUAGAACCAAUGCCAGCCAAUAUCAACAUACCGUCCACAGUUGAAAGGCUUACCAUUGAUACACAUAGAUCCACUCAAUCUAUACUUGGACAAAUUGUAUUCCCACCAUUACUUACUCAUCUAUCGUUUGAUGAAAACUAUGACGUCGAAGGGUCUGUUCAACUACCUGAAUCACUCAUUAAACUAAAACAAACGGUUAAUCUCGAGAGUAUCCUUGGGUUCGUAUGGGAAUCACAAUAUUUACCUCCAUCUUCAUACCCAGCCAAUCUUGAAACACUCAACCUACUCGAAAUCAAAGGUGAUUGUACCAUUGGCAAUUUACCACCGACCAUCAAACAUUUAUCAAUGCGUUUGACCUUCCCAUUACUCAAAGUUGCAUUGAAAAUAUAUUCAAUCAGCCCCACGAUAAACAAACCAGUCAUUGAUCAAUCACAACAACAACAACAACAACAACAACAACAACAACAACAACAACAACAACAACAAUGGCUACCACACAAUACAACACAUCUAACUUGCAACCUCCAAAACUAUACCCCUGGUUCCGGAUUUAGAUUAGAUGAAAUAAUCAAUCACACCAAUGUUAGAUAUUUAAAUAUCACUAUUACAAACUCAAACUAUCAAUUUUCAAUUCAAAGAUUGGACCCAGACAACAACAAUGUAUUGGUAUUGGAAACAAAGUCACUUCAAGGUGGAAUAAUCACUCAACGACAGAGAAAAUCAAUUGAUCCAAUUUAUUUAUAUUUUGAAACUAGUUAUGAAUCUCCAUUUGGCUUGCCCAUGAAAUGGACAAGUACUUUUGACCCACAAAAUAUAAUUAAAGAUAUAUUUGGGAAUAGUAUACCCCAUCAUCAGGUUAUAUUUAAUAAUCUUGAUUUUGAUGAACGAGACGAAGAAUAUCCUCAAUGGAUAAAAGAACGAAUCUAUGCAGACAGAGCUGACCAAAGUGGUAUUACAACAUUUUUAGUGCCAGAUAAUUUAAUAUCAAUGCCAUUACACCAAGUCUCUGACUAUUAA